GGCGCUGAUGUCACGGAGCUCCCACCCCCGGGGAGGAGCAGCCGGAGCCGCCGCCGCAGCUAUGGCCGAGCCCGGCGGCUGGAAGGGCCACGUCGUGCGGCAGCUGCGGCUCCGCGACCGCCGGCAGCGCGCCGGCUUCGUGGACCUGCUGGAAGCCUAUAACAAGCUGCUGGAAAAGUCCAACCUGCUGGUGCAAGCCCAAGCUAUGGAUCUCCGGACGGGACUCAGCCCUUGGUCCCCCUGGGAGCCCCCCAGCCCUGUGCUGGACCCCACGGUAGUGCUGCAGACCACCAAGAUCAAGUACCAACGGCAGAUCGCGGAGCUGAAAGACUUAAGCGGUGUCCUGGCGUAUCACAUCAUCGAGCUGAACACGAUCCUCAAGGCCAAGGAGACCGAGCUGGAGGUGCAGAGAACCAGGCUGGCCUCUCUGCAGGGCCAGGUAUCGGAGCUGGAGGGCCAGCAUCAGCAGCUGCGGGGGCAGAUGAAGGGCCUGGGCCGGGGCAACUCGGCCGUGAAGCUGGAGUACGACGCGCUGCGGGACUGCUACCGGUGCCGGGAGUGCGAGCUGCGCAGGGAGGUCGAGAGGAGCCAGGAGCUGACCGAGAGCCUGGUGCGGAAGAAGGCCAAGGCUGCCGAGUACAAGAACUACCAGAACGAGAGGUUUAAACGGGCAAAGCAUGACGAGCUGUUCAGGCAGCUGAAGAAGGUGACAAAUGAGACCAUCAGCAUUGACAUUGGCCCAGAAGUGGUGAAGCCAGCCAAGGGGAAGGGGCCCAGCCAGGAUUUCACCAAGCUGGAAGACUGCGAGAAGCCAGGGAAGAGACCAUUUAGAUCAUCCUCAGCCACCUCCAUGACAAUCGCCCGCUGUGUGGAUGUGUUCAAGGGCUUGUUUGAUUACAGGCUGAAGCGUGGGAACUCGGUCAGCAGCCGCUUGGAGUCAAGCUACUGCUAUGUGCCCGCCUGCGUCGUGGCCUGCUUGCCAUCCUUCAUCAGUGACAUCCAGGAAGCGCACCUCUCGGAGGUCAACGCCGUCAAGUUUUGCCCCAGCUCCACCAUGCUGGCCACGGGGGGCACCGACAAGCUCAUCAAGCUCUGGAACGUGGUGGGAGGGAGGCUGGAAAGCGUGCGGACCCUGGAAGGUGCCAACGGCAGCAUCACCAGCAUCGAGUUCGACCCCAUGGGCUGCCAGAUCCUGGCGGCAUCCUACAACAAGGCAGUGCAGCUGUGGAAGAUCGAGGACUGCAAAUCCAGAGAGACGCUGACGGGCCACACCGACAAGGUGACGGCUGCCAAAUUCCGCUCCACGCGCUACCAGGCGGUGACGGGCAGCCGAGACCGGACCGUGAAGGAGUGGGAUCUGGGCAAAGGGGCCUGCUGCCGCACCAUCGACGUGUGCUCGUACUGCAACGAUGUGGUGUGCUGGGAGAACAUCAUCGUCAGCGGGCACCACGACAAGAAGAUCCGCUUCUGGGACAGCAGGGGCCCGCGGUGCACCGAGGUGAUCCCGGUGGAGGGGAAGGUGACCUCCCUGCACAUCAGCCAGGACCAGAUGCACUUGCUGAGCUGCUCCCGCGACAACACGCUCAAAGUCAUCGACCUCAAGAUGAACAACGUCCGGCAGGUCUUCAGCGCUGACGGCUUCAAGUGCGGAUCCGACUGGACCAAGGCGAUAUUCAGCCCCGAUAAGAGCUACAUCCUGGCGGGCUCCUCGGACGGGACCCUCUACGUGUGGAGCAUGGAGAACGGGAAGCUGGUGACAAGCCUGCCGGGGUUGCACGGAGCCUCCGUGAAUGCCGUGGCCUGGUCCUCCUCAGGCCAGCAUGUCGUGAGCGUGGACCAGGGGAAGAAGGUGGUGCUCUGGAAAUAGCUCUGGCCAGCUCCUAGCCCACCCUCCAAUGCUCGCUGCACCCAGCUGAUGGCUCCCUGGCUGCAGCCCAAUCCACGGAUGCAGCAGAGACAGAGACUGAAGGGCUGGGGCUAGGGCACCUGCCACCCACAUGCUGCUCGGCCCUGCCAGCUGCCACAAUGCCCAGCGCCUGCGCGGUCUGCCCAAAGCAGGCACCUUUCUCUUAGAGGCAGGUGGGGGCUUGGCAGGAGCUGAGGGGCUGCAGGAUGCACCCGGAGCCCAAACCCGCUCUACCUGCUGUUCCUGGCACGCUGCGGUGGCUGCAGAAGGCACAGCUGGCACUGAGCCCAUAUAAUGGAGGGGACAAGUCGGUCCUGAGGGGAGCACUGGGACUCGAAUCACAACGUGAAGUCCUCCCGACCUCCGACUUCCACUUCCAGCCAGCUCCGAGAUCCCCAAACCCCAGGCCCAGGUGAGGGCAGGGCAGAGCAGAGCUCCUGUCCGCUCCCCUGGCGCUGGCCUGGGAGCCCCGUGUGCGGACACAGACACUUACUGUUCAGACCCUGUGCUAGGGGCACAUGCGUGUGCAGGCUGUGUGCCCCCGCGGGGGACUGUUGUGUUCUCGCACCGACCAAUACAGCUUGGAAACACG